AUGCAAGCUAAACAUGAAGUGAAAUUAAAUCAAUUCACCGUGUUCAAUUAUUCUAAUUUCCAAUUAGUUGUUCAGUUUUAUGAAUACUUACGUAACGAAGAUCUAUUUUAUUUAUAUUCAGUCUCUGUCAUCAAUAUUUGUUUAACAUUUUUUCCAGGUUUACCACCGGAGCUGUAUGCCAUAUGGGAGGCCUACCCCUGGAGAUUAGGGGAACCUUUCUGCUACCUGCGUCAGACUGUGCUAGAGUCGACGUCGUAUGCUUCAGUGCUCACCAUCACUGCCUUCACUGUAGAGAGAUACUUGGCCAUCUGCCAUCCUCUGUUGGCCCAUAAGAUCACGGCUUUGUCUAGAGCGGUAAAAAUCAUCAUCUCCAUCUGGAUCGUCUCCCUUGGCGUGGCGCUCCCGUACGCCGUCCACACCCGGAUCUACCACGCCGUGACCUACCCCAACAUCAGCGUGCCCAUCCCAGACUCCCUCAUCUGCAACAUCCCCGAGUACCUCCUCUCCGGCUUCAUGUACUACAUGUUCCAGGUCUCCACCUUCCUCUUCUUCAUCGGCCCCGUUACUUUGAUCAUCAUCCUCUACAUUCUCAUCGGCAUCGCCCUGCGGAGGUCACCGCUGGCCCGGGGGUCGUCGGAUGAGAAGAGUUAUUCCAGCAUGCAUCGCUCGUCCACCCUGCCGCACCAGCCGCGCAAGGUGGUCAUUAGGAUGUUAAUUGCCGUGACCGUUGCCUUCAUCCUAUGCUGGGCACCAUUCCACACCCAACGGCUGAUGACGCUCUACGUGGUCAACUGGACCCCACAGUUGAUGCUGGUACAGUCUCAUAUCUUCUAUAUAUCAGGUGUGCUUUACUUUGUAAGUUCUACAGUAAAUCCUAUAUUAUAUAACGUGAUAUCAAAGCGCUACCGAGCAGCAUUUAAACAGAUCAUAUUCCCAUGCUGUCGAACAAUUCCAACCCAGAGUAACACAAGUAUUGCCCGGCAGUCGGAGAGGGUCUCCAAGACCCAGGCCAUGGUGGUGCUCAAAAACGGAAGUGACAGCCUGCGAGUGGUCUUCAGACAAGAGGACGACACAGUUCUAAACAUGGAGUCGACGCCCCUCAACGGAGCAAAGCACGCCCCUGCUCAGAACGAAAACGACUCAAACAAUUCAGCCAACAACAUCAUCAACUCUAGCCCCAACACCGACUUCACCUCUACGCCUCCGCGAAAGAAACAAGUCCCUGGAAUAAACAGUUCCCAGCGUAGGAAACCGACGAUUCAGAAAUCGUGUUUGAAACAGAGCGUGGCCUUGGAUAAUUACGUCAUCACGAACAAAGCGGUGGAGUCCGAUUAUGGCGCGCUGUCUAAAGACAAGAAGACAGCCGCCGCAUUAAAAAAGGCGGAGCGGCCUAGGAAAAGUUACGCCCACCAAGUGAAUGGGCGUGUCUCUUUUAAGAACACCCCGCCCCCUUGUGAUUGUGACGUCAGCAACGGUGCCAUAGUUAGAUAGUUUUAAAUUAAAGAAUGUAAACAAAAUAUCGGA